AUGUCUAUAUCUCAAAUUUAUUACAAGUUCAAAAGUGCCAAAGAUUAUGAUACGCUUACGUUCGAUGGGUUAGGAAUCUCUGUAUUUGACGCAAAAAAAGAAAUUCUAACUGCAAAAAAAUUAAAGGGAAAUGACUUUGAUAUUAUAGUAUCUCAUGCUGAAUCAGGUGAAGGUAAAGAUCUAGCUUUUGCAUCAGCUCUCCGCAGCUAUUAUCAGGAAGAUACUGCGACUAUACCAAGAAAUACCCCAAUUGUAGUGAAGCGCGUCCCAACUAAACCUGGGAAAGGAACCGCACAUCGUUAUUUAGAGGGCGGAGGGCCUACAACGCAACGUAAUUAUGUAGCUAAUAACAGAGCAUCUAAUGGGUCUAUGUCAAAAACAUUUGACCCAUCAAAGCAACCACAGCAGGUUUCUCGCUUAACGCCAACUCCUUCUACUCAGCAAACAGACGAACAUCAAACGGAAGAUGAUAAAAUUCAAGCAAUGUUUGCACAAUCAAAGGAGUUUUGGGAUAUAACUCAAGAACAAAUGGCUUCGAAACCAGCGCUUCGAAGACCUAAUCAAGUUCGUCCAUCAGUCAAGCCACCGGUUCAAAAAACUUUGCCACCAAAUUAUGUAUGCUAUAGAUGUGGACAAAAAGGCCAUUGGAUUCAAGCAUGUCCGACAAAUGGCGACAGAUCCUUUGAUCAUAUGAAGGUCAGAAAAACGACCGGUAUACCAAGAAGUUUUUUACAAAAAGUAGAACAAGUGCCACCUGGCAAAGGCGUUCUUGUCACACAAGAUGGAAACCUGGUGAUUGCACAGGCAAAUGAGGCUGCUUGGCAAAAGUUUCACGCUCGUCAGAAAUCAUAUGUAACAUCCAAUGAAGUUUUAGAAGAUACGCUUCCAAUUCCAGCCGAACUUCAAUGCAUGCUAUGUUCUCGACUUCUGAAAGAAGCUGUUAUUACUCCGUGUUGUCGGGCUUCAUUUUGUGAUGAAUGUAUUCGCCACGCUUUAAUUAAUCCCGAACAAGACGAUCAACAAUUCAAGUGUCCAAAUUGUCAAUCUCAUUUGGUACCUGAUGAAUUAGUACCAAACAAGGCAGCGCGGGAAACAGUCGAUGGUCAUCUGAGGGAUUGGGCUAGACGUAGAAAUGAACCUACUGCUCCAGAAAAUCAUGAGGAGGAUGAAAGCAAUACUAUGGAAAUGUUAGAAGACCCGUUGGUAGUAAACAAUAAUGUAGAUCUCUCGGUAGAAAAAGAUACCACAGAAUCCUUAAAUGAGCUUAUGAUAAAAACAGAAGAAAAGGAAAAAAGCACGAGUGGUUUAUCAGAGACGGUACCUGAUAAUACAGAAAAUUCUAGUCAAUCACCCCAAAUUUCAAAAGCAAAGGUCGAGUCGGUACCAUCACAAGGGUAUGGACCAUUUGGUUAUUAUAAUGAUUAUGGAUUUGGUUAUGAUCAAAAUCAAGGAUAUUGGUACGAUGAAGGUUAUCCUCCAAUGGGUAUGAAUAUGAUGAAUGGGCCAGGUUAUUACGACCCAUCGUACUUUGAUGGGUUUUAUCCUGCAGAACCAUUCCCUUCGCAACCACAGUUUAUGCCGCAUUUUAGACCACCAGUAUAUGAUGAAUUUUGGGAUAAUAGGCCAAUGAUGCCACCACAAGGCAAUUUUGUACCGUUUGCAGGGAAUAUGGGUAAUGGAAUGGGUGGUAGUGCAGGAAUGCAACCAUUUAGAGGUGGCAACUUUCGUGGAGGGUUUUCACGCGGCAAUUUUCCGAACCGCGCCCGUGGCCGCGGAAGAGGUAGCCCUGGAUUUUUCAACGAUCGUUCAUCAUUUGCUAGUGGACGUAGUGGAAUUGGUGAUUUUAGACGAGAAUCAAGUGUUCCACCUUCGAUUGGAAGAAGAGAUAUGUCUGAUUAUCGUGAUGAUGAACCGAAAUAUGAUGAUGAUCGACUUGUAGAUGAUUUUGGGCGUGAUUUAGCACGACGAAAAUCGUCUGCAUCGCGCGUUUCUGCCGAAAGAGAUAUUGAACCUCGGGAUAAAAAACAUGAUUCACGUCAUAGCAGAUCUCCUUCAAGACAUGAUCGCUCAUCUCCUGAUCGACGAAAAACGUCAUCUUCAAGGCGUCGUAGUCGUAGUCGGGAAGCAUAUGUUGAUAGAAAAGAUGAACGUCGAUAUUCCUCAGGUCGAUAUUACGACGAUCGUCGGUAUUCUAUACCUGAAAAAAGGGAAGAGAGGAGAGAUUCUAAUUUACCUGAACGAAGAGAAAGUAGGCGAGAUUCUAAUUUAUCUGAUAGGAGAGGUGACAGGAGAAAUUCCGAUAUAUCAGAAAGGAGAGAUGAUAGACAUGAAUCAAAGAAUGAAAGACGGGAUGAUCGCCGCGAGUCAUACAGCUCACGCUACGAAAAGUCUGGAUCUAUUAAUGAAAGGAGAGAUCCUAAACAUGAUUCGGUGGAUGAUCGGAAAGAAAAUAAUUCUUUGUCUAAUGAACGAUUUGAUUACGAAGAGUAUAAAAAUAGUUCUCGAACGAGAUCACCGGCAAUAAAUCACGAGAAUGGCAAAUCAGAAUACCCUAGCCCCAACCACAAUAUUGACACAGAUAUUAUAGAUGAUAGGGUUAGUCCUCCAGUGUUUGCUGAACAACUUUCAGAAGAUAUUGACCGCCGAACGCGAUCUCGCUCUCCCAAACCAAUAUUAGCACCGGAAGAUUUAGUGCCUGAUGACGUGUAUGAUGAUGACAAUGAUAACGUUAUUGACGUAUCUACAAAUGAUGAUGACGCCCUGCUAUUGGAAGAUGAUAGGAUGUCUUUUGAUGAUAGACCUACUACGCCUCCUUCCCCCGAAAAGUAUCCAUCUUCAUCAUCACCUGAAAAACGACGUCAUUCAUCAUCUCACAGGCAUCGGACUAGUAAGUACCAUCGUUCACAUCAUCGGCAUGAGUCUCCAGAAAAGGAAGAUCACGAUAGAAGAGGGUCUCGAUCUAAGCAUUUGAAUACUUCUUCCAAAGAUGAUUAUCGCAGCAGUAGUCAUAAACAUAAAAAGCGGCAUAUUUCCUACCAUCAAAGUCGACACAGCAGAACUAAAGAUAGCGAAAGCAGGCCAUUGUAUUCAAUACCCAGAUAUAAAUCAAAACACGAUGAUUAA